AUGAAUGCACUCGACACCACCUUUGCCGCGCUCAGCCACGAGGCGCGGCGCGCCAUCCUGGCCAGGCUUGCCGAUGGAGAAACCCGCCUGUCCGAUCUCGCCGGCCCGUUUGCCAUGUCCCAGACCGCCGUCUCCAAGCAUGUGCGGGUUCUCAGCGAUGCGGGCCUCGUCACCGUCGAACAGCGCGGACGCAGCCGCUAUUGCCGGCUCAACGCGGCGCCGAUGAAGCAGGCGGCCGAGUGGCUGUCGGACUAUGAGAUGCAGUUCGUUCAAUCGCCUCCGGGCGACGACCCGAUCGUGGUCGAAGGCUUCUUCGCCGCCUCGCCGGCCCGCGUCUUCAACGCCUGGACCGAUCCGGACAUCGUCAUGAAAUGGUUCGGUCUCGAGCCGAACUCGCUGCAUUCGGCCGAUAUCGAUCUGCGGCCCGGCGGCGCAUGGCGCUUUCUGCAUUCCAGAACCGCCGAACAGACCAUCGGGUUUGAAGGCGCCUAUGCGGAAAUCGAGCCGGACGAGCGGCUGGUCUUUUCCUGGUCGCAUGUGAUCACCCGGGCCGAUGGCGCCCGCGAGGCGACGCCGGAAUCGCGGAUCGAGGUGACGUUCACGCCCAAGGGUUCGGGCACGAUGGUGCGGCUCGUCCAUUCCGCCGUCCGGACCGAGGAUGCGCGGCGCGGCAUUGGCGGCGGCUGGGAGGCCUCGUUCGGAUCGCUGCGCGACGUGCUGGCCGAAUAG